AUGUCUUUCGGUUACAUUGCCUCCUCUCCGUGGGGCGGCAAUGCGGCUGCCUCAUCGUCUCCGUCGCAGUUGCCGUCUUCCUCCUCGUCCUCCUCCUCUUCUUCAUCUUCCUCUUCGUCGUCGUCCACGUCUCUUAGCCGUUCUGGCUCCGCUGCCGCAGGCCCUUCCAGGGCACAGAGUUACAAGACGGUGUUGCUGGGAGAUGCCUCCGUCGGCAAGUCUAGUCUUGUGAUUCGUUUCGUGAAAAACACCUUUUCGGAUGCUAUGGAAACGACCAUAGGGGCCGCUUUCUUUGCGCAGACGAUCGAAGUGGAUGGAUCGCCUGUGAAGUUUGAGAUAUGGGACACGGCGGGACAGGAGCGGUUCUCUUCGUUAGCCCCCAUGUAUUACCGGGGCGCUGCUGCUGCAGUUGUGGUGUACGACCAGACAAGCGUCACUUCAUUUGAGAGGGCGCAGAUGUGGGUGCAGCAAUUGCAACUGAGUGGCAAUCCGGCGAUUGUCAUCGCCCUGGCGGCCAACAAGACGGACAUACCCAACAGGCAAGUAGAUCCCGCUGUAGCCAAACAGUAUGCAGAAGAAAACGGCUUGCUGUUUGUAGAAACAUCGGCAAGGACUGGCCAGAAUGUACAGCAGCUUUUCCAGAUGAUUGCAAGGAGGCUCCCAGAGACAAAGCCCGGUGGGGCCGCGCUCGGAGGGGUGCAGACCGUUAAGCUCACGGCGGACGACGCCCUCCUCAACAAGUCUACUUCCCUUUCUGGCCGCAUGGGUUGUUGCAGCUCAUCGUGA